UCGGACUCCGUGGGGCCGGCGCCGCCAUGGGCAACCUGUUCGGCCGCAAGAAGCAGAGCCGCGUCACGGAGCAGGACAAGGCCAUCCUGGUGGACUCCAUGCUGCUGAGACCUGACUUUACAGCAGGGCAGCCUGGCCAUACCUGCCUGCCUUUGGCCCCUGGGUCUCCCCAGCAAUGGGGCUGGGCAGGGGGCACCUUUCCCUGUAGCAGUGAGAGGACCCACAAGUUUUGGCACUGGGAAGGGGAGCCUCCUGGGUGAAGGGAGCCAGGCAUGAGGCCUCUCAGGUAGAGGGAGCACUCACUUGCCAUGAGGAGUGUUAAACCUGCGGCCAGGUCCUGACUGAGCUAAUGCCCCUCCGCCUCCUGCUUUAAGGCUCUGAUUCUUGUGUCUGCAUGGGCUCAGCACUGUCUGCAGUGAUGACGUUUGGAAAACUCACGGGCCUGAUGGGGCAGGACUACCUGAAGUUCAUUCUUCAGCGGCCAAGCGCCCUCUCUGGGGCAGCGCCCGGAUGGGAGGCAGUCAGUGGGUCUGCAGGGCACGUCACCGUGUGUGUGUCCUGCAGCAACUGAAGCAGCAGCGGGACAAGCUGAGGCAGUACCAGAAGAGGGUCGCCCAGCAGCUGGAGCGCGAGCGCGCCCUGGCCCGGCAGCUGUUGCGGGACGGCAGGAAGGAACGGGCCAAGCUGCUGCUCAGGAAGAAGCGAUACCAGGAGCAGCUCCUGGACAGGACGGAGAACCAGAUCAGCAGCCUGGAGGCCAUGGUUCAGAGUAUUGAGUUCACUCAGAUCGAAAUGAAGGUGAUGGAAGGGCUGCAGCUGGGAAAUGAGUGUCUGAACAAGAUGCACCAGGUGAUGUCCAUUGAAGAGGUGGAGAGGAUCCUGGACGAGACACAGGAGGCCGUGGAGUACCAGCGGCAAAUAGAUGAGCUCCUGGCAGGAAGCUUCACUCAGGAGGAUGAAGACGCCAUCCUGGAGGAGCUGAGCGCAAUCACUCAGGAACAAAUAGAGCUGCCCGAGGUUCCCUCCGAGCCCCUUCCUGAGAAGAUCCCAGAGAAAGUCCCUGUCAAGUCCAGGCCGAGGCAGGCAGACCUGGUGGCAGCUUCGUAACAUGGCGUCCUCUGGCAGGACUCACAGGGAUGCCCUGGGGACUGUGGCCCACAGAGAGUUUGGGUCAUGGCCAGCCCCUGACUGGGUACCCUGGAGCCCAGCGCCACGGUGCUGAGCAGAGCCGCUGCCACGCAGGCACUCGCAGGAGGACUCCAGAGAGUCUCCCGGCACUCGGGCCUGAACGCGCUUGGGCGCCGCUAGCCUGCCCUCAUCUCUGGAUGGCACCCUCUGCCAAGCCCAGCUUCUACCGGCCGUGACUCUCCUGGUGGCCUCGGCCUGGGCCUGACACCCCUGGUGCUGUUCCCCUGCAGCCCCAGCCCCAUGUGGCUUGUGCUAUGCUGUGGGGAAGACGCCUCCAGACCUUGGGGUCCCCGCGCGCCCUCUUGCCCCUCGCUGCUCUCAUUAGCUGGUGCAGGCUUCCGUGACGGGCUCCCUCCCUUGGCCUGGCUUCCCGGCGCGCCUCAGCUUCCCUGCCCGUGGUGGGAUCCCCAGGAGACCAGCAUGUGCUGAACCUCUCCGUGCCUCUGCCUCCGCGUCCCAGAUGCCCACCUUCCUGUUUGAAGGCGGCGGGCCAGGAGCAUUCUUGCUGGAUUGACGACUCCCAGAGCCCUGACUUCACUCCUCCGCUCAUGGGUCUGACUUCACCCCUGCUACUCACGGCUCUGCCCACAGGGCUCAGCCCUGCUGAGAGAGGACCUCCGGUGCUCAGGAGAUGCCACCCGGGCGAGUGCAGCAUCCGAAGUUUGUCUGUGGGGGUCCCUGUGUUGGGGGCUCGUGGAACUGCGAGACCUGGGGCCCUCCUGCCCUGCGGGCCCCUGAGCCACCAGCAGCCAGAACAGGAGGCUGUGGGGCAUGGCGUGCCUUCUUGUCCCCGGGGCUGGUUUGGUUAUGAGGCCAUCUCCCUGGGACCACCCCUACCCGUGGGAAGCCAUGAGGACAAAGGGAGCCGUCACCUCAACCCCCACUCGGGCCGGCCUGUAUUAAAGUGGCCCUGCAUGCCCGCUG